UUUUUUAUGUAACUUACAAAUCGUUAUUUUACAAUCCACAUCACUACUAUAGACUUAAUAUAGACCAACGUCGAAUAUGCGUUGCUUUUUGAAAUCUGUUUUUCUUCUGUAUUUUUUUUAAUAUAUUAAUAAGUGUCAAUCAUAUUCUGAAUAAUAAAAUCCUAUCAUCCCAAUUAAUAACGUUAUUAAGUAAAGCAGAGGGCUAGAACUUCCGGAAAUAUAUUUUCUACACUUUAAUGCAACAACAAAAAACAAUAAGGUACAGAACAAAGUAGUUAGUAGGUAAUAUAUAACAAGAAAAAGAAAUAUAAUAUGUAUGUAAAAUAAUUAUCCGCUUAUAGAAAUUCCUGAUUUAUCUUUUUUUGUGUAAUCCGAUCGUAAUCAGUUUCCGCAACCCUGCUAGCCAAAACCCAUAACAAAAAAUUUGUUCUCGAUCGACUUGGAACAUGUCGCAUUCUUUUAAAAUCUCCUUUUUGCCUCUAUAUUUUUAUGUAGCUUUCUGAUUGUAAUUUUUGUAUCUUUUGCACGGCAUAGACCAAAAUCCGAUAAAAAAUUCAUUAUUUUCUUACUGAUUUAAGUUAGGUUGUUUUUCGAUCGAAUUUAGUGUCAACUAUUGCUUUUUUUAAAUCAAUCUCCGCUCGUAAUUUUUUAGCUGUAAUAAACCCUGCUAGUCAAAAUCUAUCCAGAAAAUCAUCAUUGUGACACCGAAAUAGAAAAAAUUUGUUACGACAUCGACUUCGAACAUGUUCAAUUUUUUUAAUCGGUUUUGCAUAACAUUGUAUUAUUAUUGUAACAAAUGCACGAAAACUCAGAAAGGUUUGUUUUCUCGUCCCUUUAGGGUAGGUAGUUUUUCAAUAGAUUUUAGAGUGCAAACAAUUUGCUUUUUUUUUAAAUCGGGUUUUCGGUCGAUUUUCUUGUUUGUUCGGCCAUAAUUUUUUAUCUCUUUGUAGCUCAAAAUUCCAUCAGACCUGAUCCUGAUCGCUUUGGUGCUUUUCCUUAAAGUUGGUUUUCGAGAUAUAUUUUACUAUAAAUACUAACCCACCGUAAUUUUUCGUUUUGUUUUGAACUCUGUAAGUCAAAAUCGAAUCAGUUUUGAACUCUAUCAGAAAUAAUUUUUGAGAUAAAUUCGUUUUGCGAUCGAUUUUAGAGCCAACAGUACACCCUCUGUUUUUUUAAAUCGGGUUUUAUAUCGUAUCUUUUGAUGUAACCGUACCGUAAUUAAUUGUUUAUCUAUUUUGACUCCUAUACCCAAAAUCUAUCAGAAAAUUUGUUACUCGAUCGAUUUGGAAUAUGUUGCAUUUUUUUAAGUCUGUUUUUUCGCCCGUAUUUUUUAUAUACCCGUAUUUUUUAAUCCGUUUUGUACUCCACAGGCCAAAAUCCGACCAGAAAUAUUCGCUUCCUCAUUGAUUUACUGUACGUCGUUCUUUGCUCGACGUUAGAGGUAAUACACAGGCCAAAAUCCGAUCAGAAAAAAACGUUAUCUCAUAGAGUUUGAGGUAGGUUCAUUCCUUUUUUAGAUGGGGUUUCAAUACGCGUAAUCCGAUCCAAAAUCUGUAAGAAAAAUGUGUAUUUUCUGUAUACCCGUCAGACUGUAAUCCGUUUUGCAUUCUACAAGCUAAAAUCCGAUUAGAAAAAUUUGUUGGAUGUUUUUUCAAUGGAUUUUAGAGGAAGAGACUAUGAUAUUCUUAACCCGCGGUUGGUCGCGCUAUGAGAUUUUCUCUCACAGAUGUAGAAAACUUGUAAUAAAUUUGUUAAUGUCACAGGUAAACUCAUACCCAUUAUUCAUAUCCUCAAUCAAUCUUUGUAAAGUAAGAAAGCACCUUCAUUAUUUAAAAAUAUUGCUUAAUUGGUUUAUAAGGGCCAUUAGUGUUAGCGCUUGCGCGCCCUGUGAGAGGUUCUCUCAUUGUGCGACUAAUCACGUUAGUACUUAUUUGCAUGUUGGAGUGAAACCAUUUAGUGUUAUAAUAAUGAGUUGUGCAAGAAAAUUGAGGGGAUUCAGUAUUGUCACUAUUGCCCCAGGAGGAAAAAUAGAAAAGUAAAGAAAAAUUGCAUUUUAUGCCAGAGAGCAAUUUGUCCUGAACAUACUGCUCAUCAAUGUCUUCGGUGCCCAACAGUCGAAGUUCCUGAAGAAGACAUAUAGAAAUCUUUUUUAUUUGUUACUUACUUUAUUUUGUAUUCUAAAUGUAAUUGUAAAUUGUAAAUGUUUCUUUUAAUACAGUACCACCUUUUACUCCAUUUAUUGAGCAUGAGAUAAAGUCUCUAUGCGCCACUAACGGCGUCACUUUUCAAGGCGCGACCAAUGCCGGGUUAAAAAUCGACUGUCGGCUGUAUUUUUUAUGAACGCAUGCGAUCCUAAUAUUGGUUUUAUUUUUCAUGGUAGGUACUCUAAUGAAAGUGGUUUCGAUGAAAUGAUUUAAUUUCUUCCAACCAUACGUCUCCUCCUCGACUCCUUAUCGUGAGUGGAUGUACUUACAAUUAAAGCGUCAUUGAGACGUAUGGAAGAAAUAUUUCCAUGUGUGAGGCAACAUUUGAAGGCAAUAUGAUUCGUGUGGACAAUGCAUAUCUAUUGGUGAAGUCGAAGCGAAUACCUUGAAAACGAGGUGUCGGAAGAAGGUACUCAUAAAGGGCAAGUGAAAUGUCUGGAAGAGAGAUAUCUACUGGUGAUGUGAAAACUUAUUUGUGAAAAUUUCAAGCAUUUUGGGGAAGGUAUGUACAAUACAUUCAAAGGAAAAAUGCAAUAUUUCGGGGGAUUUCUCUAAGCUUGCAUCAUACAUAUAGCGUAGAUGUUGGAUUCAUAUGCUAGACGGCCCAGAUGGAUACUAAUCAAUGAGAGAUAUGACAAAGGGGAUGGUGCUAUUUCAAAUUUGUGAGUUAGGGUGAGAGGUGCGUAGACUUCCCCCAAGCCCAACUCCUAUGACAGUUAUUCCAAACCGCCUUGUUCCAAUUCUUCUCUUUCGCGAGAUAUUCAUAUUCGCAUUGAAACUUAAAAUUGACACACUGUAUACCUGUCAGAGGGUAAUCUGUUUUGUACUCUACAGGUUAAAAUCCGAAUAGGAAAAUUCGUUUUCACAUCGACCUGAGGUAGGUUCUCUAAAGGCAAUUCUCCGCAGUUUGCUUUUUUUAAAACUGGGGCUCCGGUUUAAAAUAUUCGUUCGACCCUUUGAUCAUACUUAUUAACAAUAUAUGAUCUAAUGUUCAACCGUAUUUUUUAAUUUUUUUUACUCUGUAGAUUAAAAUUCGAUCCGAAAACUUCGUUCCCUCGUUGAUUUAUGGUACGAAUAUACGAAUAGGCGAUAUAGAAACUUGAUUUAUAUGAUUUAUGGCAAAGCAGUUUGUUGUUUGAGCAAAAAGAUCACUCAUUUCUCCAAUCAACGAUUGAGUAACAAACUCAUAACACCUUCGCAACGCCGAUUUUAGAUUUACUAAAGGUCCAUAGGAUAUCAUUCACAUCUUAAGAAACAUACCACUUGGAAAUUCUAAACUUGGCAACAGUGGUCUCCAGACACGUAGGCGCUACGUGUAACACAGCCGAGGAUUUCAAGGUCACAACAAGUAAGGUUAAGUGCAUACGGUAAAAGUUGAAAUAUGAGAUAAAAUGAGUGGAAAGAAAGGUGCGAAAUCCCAGAAUCCUUGGGGGAAAAAUCAACCCCCAAGCCUCGAUACUAACGGUAAAAAUGUGAACAAAUCUGAGCAGAAAUUCAAAGAGGUGCAGGCAAAAAUGCAACAGGCUGUACAAAAACAUGUGAAAGAAUGGGAUUCUUCGUCGGAAGAAGAAGAAGAGCUUCAAACGAAUUCCAUUAUAAGCAAGCUUUUCGAAAAAUACAAAUUGAGUGGUGGCCUAACCGAAAAUUUAGAGGCUCACAGUUUUGUGACUGAUGUGAGCGGCGUUAUAUGCGCUAUCUGCAUUUCGUCCGUGAAACGCUCUGAUCCGGUUUGGAACUGCAAGGGUUGCUUCUCCCAGUUUCACUUGAAUUGCAUUCAGCUGUGGUCGAAGAAUAAGGUGUUCGAACUGAAGCAAUCCUUCGAGGAUGCUGCCCUCAUGAAAAAAACCGUGAAGAUCAUCUGGGAUUGCCCGAAGUGCCGGUACGAGUACGAUCCGUCCCAGAUUCCGAUGAAGUAUUUGUGCUUCUGCCAAAAGGCGGAGAACCCACCCUUUCAGCCUUUGCUCAUUCCGCAUUCAUGCGGGGACGUCUGUCACAGGGAUUUGAAGCCGUUAUGCGGUCACAAAUGUCUCAUGCUUUGUCAUCGCGGACCUUGCAUGCCGUGCCCGCAGAACGUUAAGGUGAGCUGCUUAUGCGGCCGGCAGACUCCCCAGACUCGGCGCUGUAACAAUAAGGAAUGGUCGUGCAAGGCGGUUUGCGAUAAGUUGCUCGAAUGUAAAAUUCAUAAAUGCGGGGAUAUGUGUCAUAAGGGUGACUGCCAACCGUGUCCCAAGAAAAGCCUGCAGAAGUGUGUUUGUGGUGCCAAAACGAGGCUGCGCGAAUGCGCCUCACCUGUGUGGCAGUGUGAUGUUGUUUGUGGCAAGCCCUUGGAAUGUGGCCAUCACAACUGCGAGGAGGCGUGCCACAUUGGUAAAUGUGAACCUUGCUCACUGUCCAAAACCCGCACGUGCCCAUGUGGGAAGUCCUCGUUUGUACUCGAGUGUACCAAGGAAACUCCCACAUGCGGUGAUACGUGUGGCAAAGUUUUAGAAUGCGGAAUACACAUUUGCUUCCAACGCUGCCACAAGGAUAAAUGCGGAAUGUGCUUGGAGUUCGUGAAAAAAUUCUGUCGCUGUGGUCUACAAGCCAAAGAAGUUCAAUGCCGGAAAGUAUUUACCUGCGAAACCAAAUGUAAAAAUUUAAAAGACUGCCUUAAACACCCCUGUAACCGUAAGUGCUGCGAAGGUAAUUGCCCACCGUGCGAGAAGCCUUGCGGACGUACACUGAAGUGUGGUAAUCACAAGUGCUCUUCCGUAUGUCACAGGGGCGAAUGUUACCCUUGCAAUUUGACUGAUGUUGUGUACUGUCGCUGUCGUGGCACUUCUGUGACAGUGCCGUGUGGUAGGAAGAAAAGAACAAGGCCUCCGAAGUGCUCACUACCAUGCAAAAUUCGGCCCAACUGCCACCACGAAAAGCGCGAAAAACACAACUGCCAUUUCGACUCCUGCCCGCCAUGCGAGCAAAUAUGUAACAAAACACUGCUCUGCUCACACAAGUGCCCUUCGCCGUGCCACUCCGGCGUUCUGGUUAUGGUGGAAGGCCAAAGAGGGGCGAUGCCUUGGGAACAGACCAACCCACAUUUGAUGCGUAAAUCACUGCCGUGUCCCGAUUGCGUUGUGCCCGUCUCGGUUACCUGCCCAGGUGAGCACGAAACGAGCGAUUGGCCGUGUUACGCCGCCCGAGGGGGUGGUUGCGGAAGAAGUUGUGGACGAGUCUUAAAGUGCAGCAAUCACAAGUGCUUUUUACCGUGUCACCUUGUGGAGAAUGCGAGUGACGGUUUAUCGGCGGGAAGCAAUUGUCUGUCAUGCGAAAACGAAUGCCAAAAGGAGAGACCCGAAGGCUGUACACAUAAGUGCCCCAACCCCUGCCACUCCGAAGACUGCCCGCCGUGUAAACAAAUGCUUCGCGUCAAGUGCCUGUGUGGGCUAAACCAACCGUACGUCGUAUGCAGCGAGUGGACAUCGGCCACCGACAAAACCGGGCUGGAAAGUUGCGGAAAUCAGUGCCCGAAAAAUUAUCCGUGCGGACAUCGGUGCCGCGCUAACUGCCAUGCGGGUGAAUGUCUUAAUCCAGAACUCUGUCAGAAGAAAGUUAAAAUUUACUGUAACUGUAAACGAAUUAAAAGGGAAUUCUCGUGCGAACUCGUUCGCGCAAAUAAGGCCGUCGUUAGUUGCGACGACGCGUGCUUUUUAAAACAGAAGGAGGAGAAAAGACUGAGAGAUUUGGAAGCCGAGCACAAGCGGAGGUUGGAGGAAGUGGAAAAUCGGCGGGAGUUGGAGAAAUACGAAAAGUUAUUCCACGGUAAGAAAAAGGUAAAAGAUAGGAAGGUUGUUAGCGAAAAGGAGGAGAAGUCAUUUUUCCAAAAGUACUGGUUGAUCGUUACCUCUACACUAAUCUUAGUUAUCGCCAUUUAUUUUAUUUUUUCGUGAUUAUCUUACAGGGUAUUUUUUGCAUGGGUGAAUCGUUUCUCUAACUUUGGUUCAUUUUCUUUCAAUUUCUGGCUUUGGAUUAAGACACAUCACUACACUUAUUAUUUUACUAUUCAUUACUUGUUUUCAAUAUGGAUUAUGUUAUGUUUUAUUUAGAACAAUGUUUCAUUUCAAUGUUUGUAACUAGUGGUUUGUUUGACUUGUACAUUCCGAAAGCUAGCUCUCAUUGCAAAUCCAUUAUACUGAGGGAAAUUGCACUGGAAGCUGGUGGAUAUUAUUUUGUGGAAUUGUAUUGUAUUGUUUUUUUAUGUAUCGUUUAAUAAACAUUUACUUGGUG